AGGCGCGCACGGCGGGCGCCACCGCCUCAGCAGGGGAGCGGUGCUGCCCCGGGUGUGGGUGAGUGGCGCGGCUCCCAGCCACGACGGACUGAGGGGCGCCGGACACUGGGAAAGCAGCGGGAGAGUCAGGAGGGGCCCGAGCUUCGGCUCCCGUCGUCUUGUGGCGGGCCAGGCGCGGAGCCCGGAGUAGCGAGCAACCUACACCAUCAGGCGGGAAGCCCAGGGAAGGAGCAGCGAGACGCCGGGCGUGCGGCCCAGGAGCGGCGGGGCAGCUGGAGGACAGAGUGGGAACCUCAGGACCCUGGGCCGCAGCCGCCCACGCGCGGAGGGAGCCAUACCCGAGCGUCGGCGGGGGCCGGAGCCCGGUGGGGCUCAGAAACAGGGGCGCCCCCGUGCGGAGCUGCCGGGCCGCCUGGGCGCGGCGGCCGAGGCCAUGCUCAAGCCCAAGGACCUGUGCCCCCGAGCGGGUACGCGUACCUUCCUGGAGGCCAUGCAGGCGGGCAAAGUGCACCUGGCCCGCUUUGUGCUGGAUGCGCUGGACCGCAGCAUCAUCGACUGCCGCGCGGAGCAGGGCCGCACGCCGCUCAUGGUGGCCGUGAGCUUGCCAGACCCCGCGCUGCGCGCGCGCUUUGUGCGACUACUGCUGGAGCAGGGUGCAGCAGUGAACCUGCGGGACGAGCGCGGCCGCACGGCGCUCAGCCUGGCGUGCGAGCGCGGCCACCUGGACGCCGUGCAACUGCUGGUGCAGUUCAGCGGCGACCCCGAGGCGGCCGACUCGGCGGGCAAUAGCCCGGUGAUGUGGGCGGCAGCGUGCGGCCACGGGGCGGUGCUCGAGUUCCUGGUGCGCUCUUUCCGCCGCCUCGGCCUGCGCCUCGACCGCACCAACCGGGCGGGCCACACGGCGUUGCAACUGGCCGCCGCCCGCGGCCACGGGACCUGUGUGCAGGCCCUCACCGGGCCCUGGGGCCGCGCAGCCGCCGCCGCCGCCGCCGCGGCUCGGGGCUCCAACUCCGACAGCCCCCCUGGCCGUCCGGCUCCCGCGCCCAGCCCGGAGCGCCGAAGACCCAGUCCCCGCCGCCUACCGCGGCCGCUUCUGGCGCGCUUUGCUCGAGCGGCCGGCGGCCAUGGUCACGGCGGCGAGGCUGGCUCAGGGGGUAAGGGCUUCGGUCGGCACCGGGUGCAGGGCAGCGAGCGGCCGGAGCUGGGCCGGAGCAUGAGCCUGGCGUUGGGUGCCGUGACCGAGGAGGAGGCGGCUCGACUGCGGGCGGGAGCCCUGAUGGCACAACCACACUCGCCUCAGUCUUCAGGCGUUGGGCGGUGGCGUUCGCAGGAGGUGCUGGAGGGAGCGCCCCCAACCUUAGUGCAAGCCCCUGUCGGCCUUAGCCCCCACCCCGAGGGCGGCCCCGGCUCUGGCCGCUCGGGUUUGCGCCGACGCUCUACAGCCCCAGACAUCCCCAGCCUGGUCGGGGAAGCACCUGGGCCCGAGAGCGGCUCAGAAUUAGAGCCCAACGCUCUGCCCCAUUCGGUGCCUGGGCCUCAGCCUUGGCAGGCGGGCACGGAGGCCGUGGUGCUGCACGCUCAGCAGUAAACAGCCUCGAGGCCGAGCCCUGCUCCCCCCACCUUCCCCUCUCUGCUCCACUGGGAUUUCUUUUUCCCAGGUCCCUCACCUUCCUGGCAGUUUCCUACCCCCAGAUCCUAGCACCUGUCCCUGCUGCCAAGGUGAGAGCUCCCUCAGCCCUCUCUCCGAAACGUACCCCUAUCUUAUUUCUUUUUUGUGCUUGAUGGUAUUCCUUGCCCGAGUCGCUCACCUUUUCUAAAGGCCUGCCGUUCCAGUCCUGGAAGCGAGGAGUAGAAGACUGGAUCCGUAGGCUACAGCUUUCCAGCUGGACCCCCUUCCCUGAGCGCUAAGGCGCACUCCCGCGUCUUUCAGGCUCCUGCCGGGUUUCCUUCCCCUUGCCGGGUUUUCCCACACCCUAGUCAGCCAGCCAGGCAGAAGAGUUGUCCUGUAGAACAAAGGCCUAGCCUCCCCACCCCCCCCCUCCCCCUCCCCCACCCCUCAACCCCUGCCCCCCUACCCCAGUGUUGCUGACAGUAGUGCCCCACAUGACCUAAGUAUCCCUUCCCCUUGUGCUGGAGUGAUGGAGAAGGGGAGCCUGGAGAUGGGCCUCGGAGCCUUUCUGAACGGGAGGGAAGGAGUCUGGAGGUUACAUUUUUAGGGGGAGAAACUCCUGCCUCAAGACAUUGAAAGCAUAGUUUGGGGGUGGGAGGAAUGCUAGUUGUCCCUUGAACCAGCUUCUUCUGCCUCAGCCGGAGGCAGACCCAAGAUUCAACUUCAUCGACAAUGUGGGGUCAUUCCCCGCAUCCCGCUCACGCGCCCCCCUCGCCCCCCCUUGCCCAGCCCAGCUCUGGGCUCUUGAGCCUGUUUCCUCUCACUCUCAGAGGCCUGAAAUGGAAAGGACUUAGCACUUCCCCCGCCCCCACCGCCUCGCAGCUCCCGGUCUUGCACGUGGGUGCUCCCGCAGGGGGGAACGGUUGCGAAGGCUUUGAUUAAUUGUAUUUCUUCCAGUCCUCAAAGAACUCGUGUUUUGAGUCUUUGUAUGUGAAGCAGAAAGCAGCGGGUCUGAUCCGAGGCUUAAGAACCUGACAAUGUCUCUUUAAAUAGAAGCUCCGCGAGGGGGAUAAUUGACUGAAGUGUUUGCCACGUUAAAGGCGGCGGCGCGCGGGAGUCUGAAGCCCACACGAACGGCAGGUCCGGGUUUAAAUUAUAUCAAACUCCUUUGAGAGCUGGAAGAGGGCUGUUAAACGGUUCCUGCUUCUCUCUGGGCCGUUAAUAGAGGGCAGGGUGGAUAAUGGAUGCUAGAGCUCGAGACCAAGGACCCCUGCCUCUGUCCCAAAGCGUGGGAUGCAGGCCCGGCUCAGCUUCAGUACUGGGCAGAUUAGUGAGUCAGAGGCAAUUGCGGAGAGGUGGUUAAAGGCCCUUUCCUAGCCCGGCCCUUCGUCCCCAUCCCUCCCCGCCCCCGCCCUCAUCUUUGUGCCGGCCUAGCGAGAAGGGUCUGGAGGGUCUGGCGAAUCGCGUGCCCUAGGAUCCUGCUGAAGCGCCAGCACACGAACCUGUGUGCCCAGCCCGUGGGGUGGCAGCACGUGGGGAGUUUUUUGUGAACCCCGAAGGUUGAGCGUGCAGCCCUUCAGCUGCCGGCCGUGGGGUCUUUUCAAGACGUCGAUCUAUUCAUCUUUGCAGAACGGAAGGUUUCUCACCAAUAACUCUAGGGGAACUGCCCAGAGCGAGAAUGACCUGUGAUGAGAAAUUGGGCCUGGGGUGAGGGAUGGGUGAUCAGGGUCCGGCCUCGUGUAAGUGUCAGACACCUCCCCAGUGCUUCCACCGCUCCGGGGUCCGCGAGGCCGCGAGGGCCCAGACACUGGACGUGAUCUCUGGUGACCCCUGGUGGCAAAGUUGCGCUCUCGCUGCGCCCAGGCUCGGAGUUCAGCCUUGUGGUUUUAUUUGGAGCCACCGCUGUGUACUUCUCCCUCCCUGUGCACUUACCCAUGGAAUCCUCUUCCUCUUGUAGUGUAUUAAAUCCGGAUACUUGAAGUCAUUUCACAGCAGUGAAGUGAGGGACAAUGAACAAAAAACUCGCAUUUGGAGUAGCAGGAGGCCAGACCCUUUACUUAGGACACCAAGAUCUUCCAGCUUAAGGCUCCAUAUAGAGAGCUCCUGCUGUCUUCUGAGAAACUGGAGCUUCCAACCCGUCCCUUACGAUUUCUGAACCUUGAGACCUGCUGAUUAUGCACUGUUUUCUUCUGAUGUGAUUUGCUUUCGUUUCUGGGGUGUUUUGCCCUUCCCCCAUUUUUCUCUCCCCACAUA